CGUGCCUUUCUAUCAGCGUCCGCUGGUGCUCGCAAUCUACUAAACAGUUUUAAUUUUCUAUUCGAAGUGUACGCUUUGUGCCGCGGUGCAACGGCGUAAUUACAUAAAAACAGCAUACAGAAAGUGUGUUCAAACGAACAGACACAUACGGUUGUUGGACCAAGUGUGUCUCAAGCCAAUCAAACAACACAACAGGGGCACGCAAACAGACAGGCAGACAGGCCCCCCUCGGCGACGAACGACGCUUUGUAUUGGAAGUGCAAGUGUGCGAAUGUUUAUAGUAAAUCAACAGCGGCCAUAAUAAAGUUUCAAUAAUAUUCAGUGAAUAUUUCAUUCAAUAAUCUAAACAAAACGCUGUGCGUGUCACUACUUUGUGCCGACGAAGGAAAUUCGCGAGGUUAAAUCAAGAGUAACAUAAAAAAAUAGCGAAUAAAGAAAUUAAAAGUAAAGCCAUGCAAUUUAUCGUGAAGUAAACAGUUUUGUGUUGUGUGACAAUUUGAGCAAAAGCGAAAAUGUUUUGCGAUUUGUUUAGGGCAAAUACAUGAUKAUGAUGAAACUCUGAAUGAAAAGAGCUGUGUUUUUGGGCGCGUGGAACCAAACUGCUGAUCGACACUGCCAUAAUAAGUAUAUAAAGCAACGAGCUGCGGUAACGUUAAUGCGUCGUGCAAGCAAAAUUGCGUGGAAAGUAAAGUAACAAAAAUACAACAACAAUAACACAAGCGUGUACUAAAAAUUGCAACGAAAGUAUUACCAUUGCAAGCGCCUACUACAAAACUACUGCCUUUUUGUCGUGUAACAUACCCACACGUACUUGCAACAACAUUCCCGUGUCGUAACGGACAACAUUUUAUAUAUUCUCAAAACUUUGCGUUGUGUACAUAAGCAAUAAAGCGUCAAAAUGUUUGAUGUAUUCGGCUCCGUCAAGGGGCUGCUGAAGAUCGAUCAAGUCUGCAUCGAUAACAAUGUCUUCCGCAUGCACUACAAGGCGACGGUGAUCAUGUUGAUCGCCUUCUCGCUGCUUGUCACCUCGCGUCAAUACAUUGGUGAUCCCAUCGAUUGUAUUGUCGAUGAAAUUCCACUUGGCGUCAUGGACACAUAUUGCUGGAUUUACUCUACAUUCACCGUACCGGAACGUUUGACCGGCGUUACCGGACGCGAUGUUGUACAACCGGGCGUCGGUUCGCAUAUAGAUGGCGAGGAUGAGGUGAAAUAUCACAAAUACUAUCAGUGGGUAUGUUUUGUGCUCUUCUUCCAGGCCAUUAUGUUCUAUGUGCCACGCUAUUUGUGGAAAUCAUGGGAAGGUGGUCGCCUCAAAAUGCUCGUCAUGGAUUUGAAUUGUCCCAUUGUGAAUGAGGAGUGUAAAAAUGAUCGUAAAAAGAUAUUGGUCGAAUAUUUCUCCAACAAUUUGACACGUCACAAUUUUUAUGCAUUCCGUUUCUUCGUUUGUGAAGCAUUGAAUUUCGUCAAUGUUAUUGGUCAAAUAUUCUUUGUGGACUUUUUUUUGGAUGGUGAAUUCUCUACAUACGGCAGUGAUGUGCUGAAAUUCACCGAAAUGGAACCGGAUCAACGUGUCGAUCCGAUGGCGCGUGUCUUUCCGAAAGUCACCAAAUGUACAUUCCACAAAUAUGGUCCAUCUGGUUCGGUGCAAAAGUUCGACGGUCUCUGUGUGUUGCCACUGAAUAUUGUCAAUGAGAAAAUCUAUGUAUUCCUGUGGUUCUGGUUCAUCAUUUUGAGCAUACUGUCCGGCAUUUCAUUGGUUUAUCGUAUGGCUGUUAUUAUGGGACCGAAACUACGUCAUUUGUUGUUGCGUGCCCGUUCCCGUUUGGCCGAAAGCGAUGAGGUCGAAGCUGUGGCAAAUAAAUGUAAUAUCGGUGAUUGGUUCCUGCUGUAUCAGUUGGGCAAAAAUAUCGAUCCAUUGAUCUAUAAGGAGGUGAUAUCGGAUUUGGCGCGUGAAAUUGGCGAACAUUCGAGCAGCAAAGAACAGUUCGCCGCUUAGUGGCCGCAAAUGGGUAUGUAGCAAGUAA